AUGGCUGACUCGAGCGUCAGUGGCUCGAUCGACCACGCCGACCCCGACCAGCCGCCGCCGCCCAAGCUGUCGGCAGAUGCGAGCGAGGAGGAGAGGACCGCACGUGCUGCGAUCAUGAAGGAGCGGGCGAAGAGGCAGCGGCAACAGCACGAGAAGAACAGGCAGCCGAGGGAGCGCAGCGAGCGGCAGUAUGAGAGCGGGGCGGCCAAGCGCAAGAAGGCGGUCACCGAGGCCAAGAAGGCUGAUGCCAACCGCCGCCGCCAAGUCGUCAGUCAGCACCGCCGCCAAGCCAAGGAGAAGGCGCGCCCGCCACUUGGCGAGAGCUUUGCCUCCAUCCGCCAGCGCGAGGAGCAGCGGCUGCUCGGCGAGCGCUUCCUGUUCGUGCCCCAGCGCGUGCGUGUAUCUGAGGGAGAACUUGCUGGGCAGUGCGGCACCAUGCUGGAGCGCGGCCAGCUGUGCUUCCCCGACCCGGUGCCAAACGACCCGCGGCACAUCAUGAGCCUGGAGCUUGACGCCUCGGGCCGCGUGGCAAUCACGGAGCCAAAGCACCACCACCAAGUGCUGCUCGACGAGAGCGAGGAUGAGAAGCCGGUGCUGCUCUCGCCGUACGCGGUGGAGCCGUGGCCGAGCGUCGGGCAGCUCGUGGACAUGCACCACGGCAGCAACUUGGAGGACGAGCCUGAUCGAGCCAUGAACCACUUAGGCACUGUCGUCGCCUUUCAUCCAUGGCAGCAUUGGGGACUCGAGGGCGAGAGCUUUUACCUCGUCAAGCGGCAGACAUAUGCGCUGCCGGAGCAUGUCGAGGCGAUGGCGGGAGGCGACGUGCGCGUGGGCUCGUGGGUGCGGCUGCUGCCUCCGCACCCGGAUGCGCGUUACGAGCUCGGCCGGGAGGCAAUCGCCCCCAACGCAUACGGGCAGGUAACGCGACGCAGGUUUGAGCUAUCGGAGACGAUUGCACGGCGCAUGCUUGAGCGCCUCCACCUGCAAGAGCCUCUCACAACGGCCGACACACACAAGCUUCUGGAGAUCGUGCCCGUGACAGGAGCUGAGGAGGUAUACUUGCCGUUGCCCGACGUGCACGUGGUGCUACACCGAUGUGAAACAUGCAGUGACUGCUUGGUGCUCGAGUCCACAUUCUUGCUUGCCUACGACACGGACUUUGCGCCCCUUGACAGCGAGGACAUGCAAAACCCGUGCCGCUCUCACUGUCCAAUAGAUCAUGAUUACAUGUGCAAGUGCGCGCGCGAGCAGUACUCACACUGGGAGUGUAGGACCGGAUGCCGCGAUUGUACCGGUAGUGGCAGCGAAUGGGACAGCGAGACGGAUGAGGAGAGUGCGCCAGCAGAUAACAUGUCUGUGUCCCCUUAA